CGACAGCGCCCUCCCAGCUACUCCACGCGCGUGCGUACACGCGCGGCCCUCGAUCGCGUGGUUGUACGUCCAUAUUGCUACUGCAACCGCCGCUGGAGAUUAACGAGACAUUAUUUUUUUUUUUUUCCCACGGGGGGUGUCUCGGCCUCAUCUCUUUCAAAAUACAUGUUUUAAUUGAGUCGGGCCGCCGCGCGUCCUACACGGAGGGGUGUUCGUCGAGGGGUGGAGCGGCGCGGCGCGGCGAGGCGGAGGAGGGGCAGCCGAUCUGCGGAGUUACAACACGUUCCCGAGCCGAGCGCGAGUCGGACCCUAGAGCGAGAGAGGAGACAUGGCCGCGCAGGUGGAGGCUCUCCCGCCCGCCAACCCUCUGCUGAGCCCGGAGGAGCGCGGGCGCGCGGGCUGCGUGGACACGGCGGGGGGGAGUCAUGGCUCCGCCGGGGACGGGGUCGCGGGCAACGCGACCGAAGGGGGCGAGUCCGAGCGGAGCGGGAGCCCGCAAGGAAAAGAGGAGAGCGGCGGCCACGCGAAGGGGAAGGACGGCGGCGGCGGUAGUAGUGGUGGUGGUGGUGCCGGCGGCGGCCGGAGGGAGCUGCCAGAGGCCCCCCCGCCCAAGGUGAACCCCUGGACCAGGAAGAUGAACGCGGCCACCGUGGUCAACGUGAACGGACAGCCGCAUCACGCGGCGGAGCAGACGGCCCCGGCUCGGGUGGUGAGGGCGGCGAACCCGCGGCCGAGGAGAGGAGGAAAGGUGGGAGACUUCGGAGACGCGAACAACUGGCCGACCCCCGGAGAGAUCGCAACGAAGGACAUGCAGAUUCAGUGUGAGACUCGGAGUGUGUCGAGCGGCGCGCUCCUCAGGCAGGUCAGAGACGUAGGCUCCUGUCAGAGAUACCCACACCAGGCACCCAAGAGGACAACAGUCAGAAAGGAGUUGAAGGAGAAGAGAGAGAGUGAGGAGAGCAAAGAGAAUCUGAAGGCGAAGUCUGAUGACUCCGGGGAGGAGAAGAACGGGGAGGAUGAUUCCCAGAAGAAUGGCCAGAAGAAGAAAGGGAACAAGCACAAGUGGGUUCCCUUGAUGAUCGAGGUGAAGUCUGAGGGGCCCAGGGAGCGGUCAGCCUCCAGGAACAACACGCGCCAGAACGAGCUCCCCAGGAUGCCCCCUGGUAGCCGCAAUGACCUGAGAGACUGGCACAGCGGCAAGUACGAGCGGGACUGGCGUGAGGACCAUGAUGAGGUCUCUAGCGUCAAAAGCGAAGGCGCUCCCUUCCGUGGAGGGUUCAGGGGUCGCGGGCGCGGCAGAGGGAGGGGCCGGGGCCGUGGCCGAGGAGCCGGCCGAGGGCAUUUCGACUACCACUACAGCUACAAGGCGUAUGACGGAAAGGAUGGUGCCUACGGGCACAAAUACAACAGCAUGGUGACGUACUACUAUGACAACAUGAGCAGCGCCGAGCUGUUCUCCGUGGACCCGGACCUCCUCAAGGACUACAUCAAGAGGCAGAUCGAGUACUAUUUCAGCGUAGAGAACCUGGAGCGGGACUUCUUCCUGCGCAGGAAGAUGGACCAGGAAGGCUUCCUGCCUGUGGCCCUGAUCGCCAGCUUCCACCGUGUGCAGGCCUUGUCCACGGACAUCAACUUCAUCAUGGAGGCGCUGAAGGACAGCAAAGAGGUGGAGCUGGUGGACCUGAAGAUCCGUCGGAAGGUAGAGCCAGAGAAGUGGCCCCUGCCGGGCCUCACGGUCCCCGACCACUCGCAAACUGACUUCACACAGCUCAUCAACUGCCCCGAGUUUGUGCCUAGGCAGCUGUCUGAGAAGCAAACGGGGGACUCCGUCGUGAACGCAGGCUCUGCCCCCGGAUCCCCCAGAGCCCCCACACCCCCGCAGUCCAAGCCUGAGGAUGUCAGUAACCUGAAGACGAUGCCCAAGGGGCUGUCUGCCAGCCUGCCAGACCUAGACUCGGAGUCAUGGAUCGAGGUGAAGAAGAGGCCUCGGCCGUCGCCAUCUAAGCUGAAGCCAGUCGCUUUGCAGCUGAAGCUAGAAGAGAACCGGUCCCCAGCACCACCUGGCCCUGCCCAGCGGGAGGAGCAGGACGAGCCUGAGGAGCUGGACUUCAUGUUCGACGAGGAGAUGGAGCAGAUGGACGGGCGGCGGAACACCUUCACCGACUGGUCUGACGAGGAUUCGGACUGCGAGAUUGAUGACCGUGACGUCAACAAGAUCCUCAUUGUGACGCAGACACCGCCAUACCUGCGCAAGCACCCUGGUGGCGACCGCACAGGCCAACACGUGUCCCGCUCCAAGCUGACGAGCGAACUGGCCAAGGUCAUCAACGAUGGCCUCUACUACUAUGAGCAGGACCUGUGGCAGGACACCUACGAGCCUGAAUACGCCACCAUCAAGCAAGAGGUGGAGAACUUCAAGAAGGUCCACCUGAUCAGCCGAGAGCAGUUUGACUGCCUGACCCCUGAACCGCCUGUAGACCCCAACCAGGAGGUCCCUCCCGGCCCCCCGCAGCCUCAGCAGAUUCCCACAGAUGCUUUGGCCAACAAGCUCUUUGGCGCUCCGGAGCCAUCAUCCAUGGCUCGCUCGCUCCCCACCACAGUGCCCGAUUCGCCUAGCUACCGCAAUGCCCGGACCCCUCGCACACCCCGAACGCCGCACCUCAAGGACCCCACUCAGACGCCCCGCUUCUACCCGGUGGUGAAGGAGGGCCGGCUCGUCGAUGCUAAGACUCCACGGAAGCGGAAGACCCGACACAGCUCGAACCCCCCAAUGGAGUGCCACGUAGGCUGGGUCAUGGACUCCCGGGAGCACCGAUCACGCACGGCCUCCGUCAGCUCAAACGCCAGCCCGUCAGAAACUACCCCUGCCAUGGGGAACUACGGUUGCACUCCACAGUCCCUGCCCAAGUUUCAGCACCCAUCACACGAGCUGCUCAAGGAGAACGGCUUCACGCAACACGUCUACCACAAGUAUCGGCGGCGCUGCCUCAACGAGCGAAAGCGGCUGGGAAUCGGUCAGUCCCAGGAGAUGAACACGCUCUUCCGUUUCUGGUCCUUUUUCCUGCGGGACCACUUCAACAGAAAGAUGUACGAGGAGUUUCGCCAACUGGCCGUGGAGGACGGCAGGGAGGGUUACAGGUAUGGCCUGGAGUGUCUCUUCAGGUAUUACAGCUAUGGUCUGGAGAGGAAGUUCAGGGCCGACAUAUUCAAGGACUUCCAGGAGGAAACCGUUAAGGACUACGAAGCUGGUCAGCUGUAUGGUCUUGAGAAAUUCUGGGCGUUCCUGAAAUAUUCUAAAACUAAAAACAUGGAGAUCGACCCAAAGCUGCAGGAGUACUUGAGCAAAUUCAAACGCCUUGAGGAUUUCAGAGUCGAUCCCCCAAUGGAGGAUGGAGGCCGGAAGCGGCACGCAUCCAGCGGAGAAGGCAGCCGCCGCCGUCAGCUUUCCCAGCCUUCUUCUCGACCCGCCCCACCCCCCCAGGGGACCUCCAGCGACAAUGCCAAAAACUCGUGCCAGGGAGCCUCAUCGUCAGACACCAAACCCUCAAAGUAGCAAGACUCUUGUUUUUCAUUUAACAUCAUUUCAACCCACCCCCACCCCCCACCUCUUUUUCCCCCCUUGGUCCUGCAGUGCGUGAAGACAGCCUGGCGUAUACCGCACUCUAGCAAAGGGCCUGUGAUUGAGCGUCGGCCUUCUUUUCAGUUUCACUUUAACUUUACGUAGAAAAAGGAGUUUGACGCACUCGUUCCAGGCGAAGAAACAUUUCUUUCCCCCCUUAAGGUGGAUGUGGACUGAACGCCGCACGGCAAGCGCCUCGUGGCUUAAUUUUUCAUCCUUUUCAGCUGCCACUGGAGCGUUCACUGGAAGGUGUGCGAUUACUUAUUCUCGACUUGGGAUUUUCCUUUUUACCUUUUUGGUGGACAGAUGAAUGAGACAUGCUUUGACAGUUAAUGAUCAGUUUGAGGUCUUGUAAGAAUGAAGGGGGUGGGGAAUCAGAAACCAAAAGUGAGCAGGGAUGAUCUGAGUCCUCAGUCCUUUAUGAUGAGCAGAUCUUUAACAGUUGCCUUAUUUUAAUGGGUUUUUUUCUUUUUUUUGGCUUCCCUUCUGCGUGCUGCCCUUAAGGUGGUGGUUUGUACAGCGUUUGAAUGACAGUAUACAACAUCAGUUCAGUGUAAAAACCCAUCCAACCUGCUGCCCAGUAGUUUCAACACUCUUCAGAAUGGUCUUCCAAGCGUCAUUUGGUCUGUUACGAAGGCUGCCCUGCUUUUUGGAUGUCUGCAGUUUGUGGCUUUUCUGUGCUCAAGCUUCAGCGGGGAUUGGUACAUGUGCUUUGCACCUUACAGACUUCACCCCCAUCAUACUGCUGCCCCUUACCUGAGGAGAACGUGUGUUCGCUCGCUAUUGCUAGACUGAGAGGACUGGAAUCGCCAAUUCCGACUACUUGAAGAAAGAAAAAACAAAAAAUACAGUGUACCUUAAUGCUGUGGGUGGUUGCUGGUGCUUUGAAGAAGUUUUAUUUUUUUUGACUUGGGAGAGGAGCAAGCAGACUGACUAAACCCUGCAGCCAAUCAGCACAGCUGCCUUUUUGUUCCCUCCCUCCACUCUGCCAUACAGUCACAUUGCAGAAUGCAUGAGUUAUAAAAACAAGCAAAAACACAGCUGAAGAUGUCGCCUUUCAGAGCAGUCAAGAACAGACCUGACAUUUAAGGCGGAUACCAUCCCGCCCCCAUGAACCCCACCCACCAUUAUUUUGGCCUGCAAGCGGAGACUUUCCGAUAAACAACCGUUUGUCGCGGCACCCGAUUUAAUUUGCACGGCGGAAUUUCACUUUACCACAGUGCAGUCAUGGGAAAUGGCCUAAGGACAGUAUUCCUCCCUAUCUGAGCUGUUGACCUUAUCAGAUGCAUCCUGAGUCAUGAUGAUUAUUGUAAAUGUGAAAUCAGCUGAUGGAGAAGAUAAAUUGCACCUCCCAGCUGAAGUGUUUUAUUGUUAAUAGAACAUAUAUUCCCCUUACAUGUGUACCUACUAUACUUUUUUAAUGGUCUCAUUACUUUUUAAUUUGCUGUCUUCUAGCUUGCCUUGGGAAGUGGGUACAUUAGUGCUGCACAUGAAUUAAUACCUCUGGGAACUUUCUGAAAUGGGAACUUAGAACAAAUAAAGGGAAAGUGACAUUAGGAGAAAAUUCAAAUAACUGGCAUUGCAAGCAAAGAAGUUUUUGGGGCUACUUAAUCAUAGCCAUGUUGAAAGUUUUUUUUCUUUUUAAAGUGGGUUUUGUUUACAGACUGCAUGCUACGGUGAUGCAUCAAAUCAUUCACUUAAGAGCAAACGUUUUUUCUCUCCCCAUCACAACCUUCCCCGGUAGUCCUCAGAGAAUCGUGCAGCUAAACACACUCGCAUCCAGCAGAUUCACGUACCCACGAUACCUCAGCUGUGUGUAAACCAUCAUUUGCAGGAGUUGUAUACCUAGCAGUUCCCUUCUGUUAGAGCUAGUUGUCUUCAUUGCUUUUUUUUUUUUUUCUUUUUUGACAUUGUGGUUGAAAAUCCUGAUUAUGCAAGAAAUUGUUUUGAAAUUUUUUUUUUUUUUUUUUUUUUGCGGUCUUGG